UCCUCCCCUUCCCAUCACCCACCAUGUCCUUGCUCCCUGCUGACAUCACAGCCAACCUGACUGCGGGUAUUGCUUCAUACCCCAAGCCCGACUCGGUCGUCUACUCUUACGGAACUGCUGGCUUCCGUAUGGCCGCGGACCUCCUCGACUCGGUCAUGUUCAAGGUCGGCAUCCUCGCUGCCAUCCGCUCCAAGGCGCUCGGCGGUGCGUGUGUCGGCGUCAUGGUUACAGCCUCGCACAACCCCGUACCGGACAAUGGGGUUAAGCUUGUCGAGCCGUCGGGCGACAUGCUUGUGCCCGAAUACGAGAAGAUCGCUGUCGCCAUGGCCAACGCGUCGACGGUCGAUGAGCUGGCCGAGCUUGCUGCGGCCGCUCUCGCUGCCGCAAGCGUAGCGCCCGAUGCCCCGGCUGCUGUCCGCUACGGCCACGACACCCGCCCCUCGGCCAACCGGCUUGUUGCCGCCCUCGAGGCUGGCCUCGCAGUCCUCCCUGCCGUCGACGCCAUCCCUGUCGGCCUUGUCUCCACCCCUCAGCUCCACUAUCUGGUCAAGGCCAGCAACGAGCCUCAGUUUGGCAUCGCCACUCUUGACGGCUACAACAACAAGCUCAUCGCCGCCUAUACUCAGCUGCUGGAGGCCGGUGGCGCCGGGAACGGCGAGUUUGACGCCGGUAAGCUCUUUGUCGACGGCGCCAACGGCGUCGGCGCGCCCGCGCUCGCCGCGCUCCUCGCCGCCGCUGGGCCCGACUUUGCCCUACACGCCUCCAUCGUCAACGACGGCAGCGACCCCGAGGUGAACAUUCUCAAUCAUGAGGCCGGCGCCGACUAUGUCAAGUCGAACCAGAUGCCGCCGCCGGUACUCGCCGAGACAGCCGAUCGCUGCGCCGCCUUUGACGGAGACGCUGACCGCGUCGUCUACUUUUUCAACUCGCCGUCCGCGGGCUUUGUCCUCCUCGACGGCGACAAGCUGGCCUCGCUCAUGGCCGACUACAUCUCAUCGACGCUGCAGGUCCUCGUCGACGCCGGCCUCGUCGCCGCCGACGAGCUCUCGCUCGCCGUCAUCCAGACCGCCUACGCCAAUGGUGCCUCCACCACCUACCUCCGCAAUGAGCUCGGCGCUACCGUCGAGUUUACCAAGACCGGCGUCAAGCAUCUGCAUCACGCCGCUCUGGCCUACGACAUCGGCGUCUACUUUGAGGCCAACGGCCACGGCACCGUCGUCUUCUCGCCCAAGUACGUCGAGACGCUCGCCCGUGUGGCGGCGAACCCGGACCUUGCCACCGCCCCGCCGGCUGCCGCCGCCGCCACACAGCUCGGCCUCCUCCCCGCCGUCGUCAACCAGGCCGUUGGCGACGCCAUCUCGGACAUGCUCUUCAUCGAGGCCAUCCUCCGCAUCCGCCGCCUCUCGGUGGCAGACUGGGCCGCCCUCUACACCGAGCACCCGAACCGGCUGACCAAGGUCGCCGUCGCCGACCGCACCGUCUUUACCACCACCAACGCCGACCAGCAGCUUGUCGAGCCGACAGGUAUGCAGGAUGCCAUAGACGCUCUCGUUGCUCCUGUCGAUGCCGGUCGCGCCUUUGUCCGCCCCUCGGGCACAGAGGACGUCGUCCGCGUCUACGCCGAGGCCUCGUCGCAGGACGCCGCAGACGCUCUCGCCCUCGCUGUCGCAAAGCUCGUCUAUGACACCGCCGACGGCGUCGGCGAGCUCGUCACCUCGUUUUAGCUCCAUCAAAGUAUCGCCUCUGCUGGCUUGGCUGCAACUCCUUGCUCCAUCACCGUUUCCAGCCCUUGCCUCCUCCACGCCCGCUACUGCCGCUCUCCCCUCGUGCCUUACGCGCCGCCUUGCGCGCCGCCGCCUCGGCCCGCAGCGUGUCGAGUCGGUCGAGGAGAUCAGUGCGCUCGCCGGGGAGGCUCGCUGCCACCGCCUCCGCCACCUGCCGCCAGUUUGAGCCGUGGAGCGAGAUCUUGAGGUGGAGGUGCUCCCAAUUGCGGUACGUUCCGUGGUUGAGUUUGAGCGUCGAGAACCGAAAACCGGCCGGCUCCUUGGCCAUGGCGGCCGCCACUGACGCGCCAAGCCCUGUCGCCGCCAGCUGAAAUAUCGCCAUCUUUUCGGCUGCCGUGCACUCGGAGAGCGCGUCGACGUGCCGCCGCGGCGUCACCACCCACAUCGGCCGGCCUUUUGCGUCCAGCCACAUGCACGCCUCCUCGUUGUC